AUGCCGCGAAGUCACACCGGCGACGAAAGCGGCGGCACCGGGAUCUGGCUGAAGACCUCAUCUGGACGUCGGGGGCAGGACUAUCCAUUGAAAGAUGUGGAGUGCGGACGGCAGACUAUGAAUAACGCUGUGGGAGCCGGGGACGGUCUCCUGUCUCCUGCCGCGGCAGGUGCGGGGGGAGCGGAGAGGAAGCAGGGCGCCCGGCUGAGUCUGCUGGGGAAGCCGCUGACCUACAGCGCGCAGAGUAGCCGCAGGAACGCACGCUACCGGCGGCUCCAAAAUUACCUCUACAACGUUUUGGAAAGACCGAGGGAAUGGGCUUUUGUCUACCACGCGUUUGUGUUCAUCCUGGUAUUUGGAUGUCUAGUUCUCUCAGUGUUUUCCACCAUCCCUGCUCACCAGGAGUUCUCCUCGCACUGCCUGCUCAUCCUGGAGUUUGUGAUGAUUGUAGUGUUUGGUCUGGAGUACAUCAUCAGGAUAUGGAGUGCUGGCUGCUGUUGCCGCUAUCGAGGCUGGCAAGGACGUCUCCGCUUUGCCAGGAAGCCGUUUUGUGUCAUCGACAUCAUCGUCCUUAUUGCCUCAGUUGCUGUGGUUUCAGCUGGUAGCCAGGGUAACAUCUUCGCCACAUCUGCGCUGCGUAGCCUUCGCUUCCUUCAAAUCCUCCGCAUGGUGCGCAUGGACCGCAGGGGAGGGACCUGGAAACUGCUUGGAUCUGUAGUUUACGCACAUAGUAAGGAGCUGGUGACUGCCUGGUAUAUAGGGUUCCUGGUGCUAAUCUUCUCCUCCUUCUUGGUCUAUCUGGUGGAGAAAGAAGUCAACAUGGAGUUUGCCACCUAUGCUGAUGCUCUGUGGUGGGGCACGAUCACCCUUACAACCAUUGGCUACGGUGACAAGACCCCACAGACAUGGACAGGACGGUUAUUAUCAGCAGGUUUUGCUCUGUUGGGGAUCUCCUUCUUUGCCCUGCCAGCUGGCAUCCUGGGGUCAGGUUUUGCCCUGAAGGUGCAGGAGCAGCAUCGACAAAAGCACUUUGAAAAAAGGAGGAACCCAGCUGCCAGCCUCAUCCAGGCAGCUUGGCGUAUGUACUCCACCGACGGUGCUCGUCCCUACCUCAGAGCCACCUGGCACCACUACCAAAGCGCCCUCCCCCCCUUCAGGCAUGUAUCCCCUCCACCAGCACCACCACCAUCACUGCCCCACCUCCCUUUGACAUCCCCAACCACAUUGCAUCAACACUAUCCCAAAAGCACUAAUCAGUGUGUCUGGCGUAGUUAUGCUGCUGAUGAGAACUCGGUUUCCAUUGCUACCUGGAAGCCUCAUUUGAAGGCGUUGCAUACCUGCAGCCCCGCCAAGAAAGAGCAGGGCGAGGCUACCUACAGCAAGGGCCUAAGUAAUGGAAGGCUCUUCAGAAGGUAUUCUCGGAAAUAUAGGAGUCAGAAGUUGAGCUUCAAAGAACGGGUCCGCAUGGCAAGCCCUCGUGGUCAGAGUAUGAAGAGCCGGCAGACGUCCAUGAAUGACCGCCAACGCUGUUCCCCUGGCAACGAGAUGGUGGGCAGCACAGAGCUGAUGGGUGGCAGCCCUGCCAAAGUGCAGAAGAGCUGGAGCUUCAACGAUCGGACACGGUUUAGGCCAUCGCUGCGGUUGAAGAGCCAGCCUCGUACUGCUGUCCCAGAUGUGGACACAGGCAUGACCACAGAGGAAUCCUUUGAUGAGAGAGGCUGCCACUGCGAUGUUACUGUGGAGGAUCUAUCAGCACCUCUCAAGGCUGUCAUCAGAGCUGUCAGGAUCAUGAAGUUCCAUGUAGCAAAGAAGAAGUUUAAGGAGACGCUGCGUCCGUAUGAUGUGAAAGACGUCAUUGAGCAGUAUUCUGCAGGUCACCUGGACAUGCUCUGUCGCAUCAAGAGCCUUCAGACCAGACUAGACACUAUAGUGGGUCCUCCUCCAAGGCCUUUGCGCAGGCAUGUCAAGACCUUUUCCUCUCCCUUCCUGCAUUUAUAUUACAGCCAGGCCAGCAGGAAACGGUCUACACCAGGGGUGGAUCAGAUCCUGGGAAAAGGCCAGAUUCCCGUGGAUAAGAAAAUGAGGGACAAACUACACCCAGAUGGAGACUCUCUAGAGGGCAUGAGCAUGCUGGGACGUGUGUGUAAAGUAGAGAGGCAGGUAACUUCAAUUGAGUCAAAGUUGGACUCUUUGUUGGAUGUUUACCGCCAAGUUCUACAGAAAGGCCCCUCAGCGCUCACCCUCACCUCCCUGCCCCUGUUUGAGCUGGAAAACCAGCACCACAACUCGAACUAUCCGAGCUCAGUUAUUGGCAGGGAUCUUCCCUCCCCUCAGGGAGGUGAGCCUGUUGGUGGCGGAGGGGACAACAGUAGUGGCAUGCGCCGUUCCCUUGGUGCUAACCCAAGAGGCUUGCGACUCAUCCUGGCACCAGCCGAUGAUGAUGCUCCUCCAGAUUCCGCACCUCCAUCCUAUCCUCCAUCCACAGCCUCACUCUCCCCAUCACCUCUAUUGCCCCCUGAUAGCCCUUACCCAACUUUGGUCACCACCAAUGGUACCCCCAAAAAAGCACACUUCCCAGAUCUGCCACCCCCACCUUCCUCAACAGGGAAUUUCACUCUUCAGCUCCCCCCCAUGGUUCACCCCUCUCACCUCCGAUGCCCUGCUGACCCCAUCUCAGAUGAUAUGACAGAUGGCGUGGCAAUGGAUGAGGAAAGCUCUGGCCCCUCUGUUGUUGUGGGAUGCAGUGUGGAUUCUGACCAAGAGGGUGACAGUGAGGCAGGCUCUGCCCAGGGAAUGGUUCAGCUGCAGGAGAAGCCUGACUUGAAAUCUGAGGGGAUCUGGAGAAGGCACAUGAGCCUUGAGGUGAAGCCCCUGCUGCUUCUCUCUUCAAGCCCAGAUGGGAGGGCUUCUGACUGGGGAGGCGGUCUUGGGAAGUCCCUCUCCGUGCAUAAUCUCAGUCAGCCUUUGACCAACCGUGCCCCUGGUCUCUCCUCUGCACUCAACAACAGCAGCAGCAGUAAUGGUAGUGAACGCAGCAAUGUCCAUGAUGACCUUAGCAACUGGGAUGGUACAGAACUCUUUAUUAGAGAGUGCAAACUACAGGCAUCAGAUGAACAUUUCGACUUCCUGUCACAGGGACCUGGCAACAGCCCCUCAGACCUUUUAAAGACUGUGGAGGAGACUGUACCUCACCCAAAGGGAAACUCAGAGUUUCUCAGCCAGUCACACAUACAGCUGGCAUAACCACACUUACUGACAGACACACAACUGCAUACUGUAUGUACACACCAUUGUGGGUGAAGCCACUUUUUAAAUAUUUUUACAGGGCAGUUAACAGAUUAUGUUGCAAGUUGUACAAAUAAAUCCUUUCUAUAUGAACGAUGUUUUGAUAUUUUGUCUAACACUUUUAUGCCCAGUUGCAUACAGACUUUUCAUAGGGUACUAAAAUGACUACAAACUAUACAGUAAAUGAAUGUACACAUAUGUAUGCAAGUGGCCAUACACAUGUAAGACAAAAUAUUCAAUCAAUACAGGAAUAAGAAAAUAGCUUUGCUAGAAAAAUAUUUUGACUUUAUAUAAAAAAAAUGACCAGGCUUUCAUAUUUACUAUCAUAAAUUGCAAAAAAAAAGAGAAAAAAAUAAAAUAAAUCCAAAUUUGAAAUGAAGAGCAUUGAAGGAAUCUUUGACUUCUAGACCCACAGUCAAACACUUGAUAGAAAAGUUAUAGAUACAAAUCAAAUAAUUUGAUUCAUUGCAAGAAAAAGUUAAUCCAUCCAUCCAUUAAUCCAUCCAAGAGGCAGGGCACACCCUGUAUAGGUUGCCAGCUUGUUGCAAGGCCAGAAAAAGUUCGUGUCAAACAAUUUUUCUAUUUUUGCUGAGUCUGGACCAACUCACAAACCCAAUUUUGCAACAUUUCACCAUACAAAUUAAAGGAAAAUAGAAGAAGAAUGCUGAAUAACUGUCUUAUAGUCAGCAUUACUUGCAAGGUACAGAGUAGCUUAACCUAAAAAAAGAAAAUCACUCCAACUCAUAGUUCACCUUCUACACAUGUGGUGAAACCAGUGAAUUCAGGUAGAUGCACAUACUCUUUAACACUCUGACACUGGUGACCACUAACAAUGACCAAGAACUCUAAGAAAUGCCAACUUGACAAAGAGCUGAGAUUGACUAAAGACUUAUUUUCUUCAUGCAAGUGCUCGUAUUCAGAGAAGAAGCAGAGAGUCACUCACUCUACUUAUUCAGUUUCUGUCUUUGGCAACCUAAAAUGUCCUCUUUUACUCAUGCUUUCAUACAUAUCACUACAUGGACAGUUUGCAAAUCAAAAUGAAUGAAAUACAGAGUGAGGCCUGGUGCGAAAGGAAGAGCUGAAUUAUAAAAAGUUAAAGGUCGAACUCUUUGCAUGUAUGCAGACCACAGGCAUCUCAUUCUCUUCAUUUCGUGCAAUUGCUGAGAUGUUUAAUAUUGAUGUGGUUGGGUAGUUGCUUUAAUCUGUCAUCAAAUUUUCAGUAAAUUUGGAUGCAGCAGAGCUAAUGGGAAGAAAUGUCCUAUCAGCAGUGACUUAAGACAAGUGUUGGAACUGGUCCCGCUUGGUUUGGACAGUAGCCUGGUAAGUUGGAUGCAGCUGGUCUGAAUGCUGAACUGCGGUAGACUUUAAAGUAAGCUUCCUCAUCCAAGCAUGAGAUGCUGCAUGUCUAAGCUGUAAUUUAAGAGCUCUCAUGCCUUUCCUGGUGGCCUGGGUGUCCCGCUGCAUGUCAAAGUAAUGUUUACUCCAAACCUUAACAAAAUGGUAUAAACAAUAGUCUGCCUACAUGAACAAUAUUAUCUUCUAAUCUGAACUAAUUUGAUAGUAGUUAAAACCUGUAUUGCUACUUAUAUGGAUAACCAACUUACUAUUUUAUGACAAAACUAUGACAUUUAAAGGCCAUUCUUUGUGAUAGAAAUACAAAAACCUAAUUGAUAUUUUCUGUGACUUCUCUGAUCUGGAUUGAUCUGAGAUUGAGAUUAUAUGUGACUUACAUAAGACCACUUUUAACAGGAUAUUGAUACGCACUUCGUCCUCACUUCCCUCAGUCCUGAUUACAAUAUUUAACCAUUUGGGGUUUUAUUGUCACUGUCUCAAAAAUGACUAAAUUGGAUCAUUUAUAUUACGGUGCGUUUAAUCCACAAUGAGAUGUAGAGGAUUAUAUUUUUCAAUGUUAGGUCUUUGAAAAAAAUAGUGUGUUGAAAGUGUCUUAAUUGACAGUGUUUUCAUUGCUGCCUUUCUUUUAGAUAGGUUGACUGGUCUUUAAAUGGGAAUUAUGCACAAAACUAUGUCAGCCAUCUUAACUUUUGUUAAUCAUUUUGAUUUGUUAUGUUUGCUGUCACAGAAGUCUUAAAAUGUAUUUUUGCGCCAAUGUUGACCUUUAUUCAUAUUGUUUUUCUGUUAUAUUCCCCAGUGAAUAGGUGCAUUGCUUAGCAAAUUAACAUUCUGUACAAGAAUAUAGCUUAUAUUAUCUUCUGACAAAUGACAACUGCUAACACUUAUAGACUGAUUUUGAAAUAUUUUAUAGCCCAUGCAGAAGUUGCUCUGGUAAAGCACAGUGUGUUUGUGGUGAGAUUGAGGAGCCUGAAAAUGUGAUGUGGUAGUUUAAUGUUUAUGUAAUAUUGGAAUAGAUUUGUUGUAGCUAUUGAUUGAACUUUUUUUAAAAAUGAGAAUAGGCCAAAAUUUUCUGUAACAAUGAAGCAAGACAUAAAACACAUAUGGAACAACCUGAAAAGGCAAUAGACAUCCAGUUUGGAAAUUAGCCCCCCCCCCAAAAAAAAGCCUGUUUUGGCAGUCUGUAAAUUGCUUGAAAAUACUUCUUUUUUUUCCUUUAUGGAGCUAUAAAGGCCUAGUUUGCCUGCAGACUAUGCAUAUUGUAUAGCUGAAGUCAAACUGCUCCUUUUCAGUUGGGCAUCCAGUUCACUUAAGUCAUGUAGCUUUGGUCACAGACUUUAUAUAGCUUUGACGGCUAAUAAUACCAUUUCUGUUCUGCUUGAACGAUAAUUUAUUACACAACUGGCCUUAAAGCUUGAUAAUGUUAACUUUAUUAUUUCUUUGAAAUU